AUCAAGUCUAUUGUAACAUGUAAGACAGAUCGGUGUAAAUAAAGACAUAUCAAGUAUUUAAUCCGCAUCAAUUUGAUACGCUUACUGACCGGUUUAACGGUGUAAAAAGGGUCAUAGAUAAUAAUAUUUAUAUGUAAAUUUACAAAUACUUUUUGAGUUUUAUAUGCAUAUCGUUUUGAUUUGUGAAACUUGAAACACAAUUAAACUGAAAUUGGAAAUAACAUCACAUGCAUUGAGUCGUAAAAUUUGCAACAAUUUAUUGAAAAUUUAAAGAAUCCUUUCUUGUAUUAUUUAAAUUUUGAUAAUAUUACAAUAUAAUAAUAGAAACAUGAGUUGUCAAAGAGGAAAUGCUAAUCGUUCGAGGCCUCAAAAAUAUCAAAAUCAAAAAUCGUUUAAAAAUAAUCUAUAUGACAAAUCUCAAAAAAUAAAACAAAUUAAUAGCACCGAAGUUACCAAUGUAUGCGAACGUUGCAAAAAAGUAAUAGAAUGGAAGAUCAAAUACAAAAAAUAUAAAGUGCUUAAAGCUCCAGUGAAAUGUAUUAAAUGUGAACAAAAAACUGUGAAACAUUCUUAUCAUAAUAUCUGCUUGCUUUGCGCCAAGCAACAAAGAGUAUGUUCAAAAUGUGGACAGAAGACAGAAGUCGUAGAAGGAACAUGCAGUAAGGAAGAACAAAUUAAAUUAGAUGCCGAAUUUAAAGCAAUUCUGAAAACAUUGCCAGAACGAAAACGAAGAACAUUGUUACGUUAUAUGAAUCAACAAUCUAUAAAAAGUAAGGAAAAUAACAACAAACCUAGUACUUCUGGUUUGAAUACUGAUACAGAUGAAACUGACAGGAAUGAAGAUGAAACAUGUCCGGAAAGAGAUUUAUUAAUGAAAAUAAAAUCAUUAGCUCUUAUAGAAGAUGACAACCUUGACAGUGAUAUUGAUGAAGAAGAAAUUGAUAAUUUUGGCAAUGACGUUAACUUGCGUGGUAGAAUGUUUUCUAAAUAAAAAACUGUAAAUUAUAAAAUAUGAUCUUUUUCAAAUCAA